AUGGUCGACCUCGUGAAGAGCCAGGUUCCCGGACACUUCGAUACAACCAACGAGAUGGAAUACAUGCCGCAGCAGGCUUUCGACAGUGUUCUAGUCAUCUUCUCCCUGGAACAUCUAAGUCAGGCACAGGUAUACUCCCUGAUUUGCAAGAUGGGCGAUUGGUUAAAGCCCGGUGGCUCGAUUUUGUUAGCUACGUCUCCAGUGGAGCACUUGGCCAUUGAUGUCUCCCACAACCCGAAGGAAUAUUGUAUUCGCCAAUACCCCUUACACUGGAAUGGUCACAUCGUUCAUUCUACCCUAUUCUCCUCCGAGGCCUGGAUUUCCAUGUUCGCCAAAGCCGGGUUGACCUUUGAAAAACGUGCAGACAUACACCUUCCGGCUGAACAGGACCGCCCCUCGGAACAUCAUUGUCUUAUGCGCUUCCACAAAUCUGUGAAUCAUUCGAUCUUGGGACCCUAUCCCCUUCCUGAAAAAUAUCGAGGCCCUAUUCCGCUUAGCGAGGCAGCCUGGAAACCGUUCGUAGAGCGGUUGGUUCGCGAUGAGUUCGGCUUUGUUCUACAAGUGCUGGAAAACAACCAAAGAGUCUUGGAUGUUGGAAGCGGGUAUGGAAGAUUACCAAUCGAAGUCGCUGCCAGGACCGGCAAAGCCUUCUCAAUCGAGCCCAACGCCGAUCGUAACGGCAUCCAAACAUCGAAUGCUCGCGACCGCGGCGUGGAGAUCGCCCAAGGAUCCGCUGAGAACAUACCCUAUCCAGAUGGCCACUUCGAUGCUGUAGUAGCCAUGUGGGUCAUGCAUUAUGUUGAGGAUCUAGAGAAAUCACUCCGCGAAAUAGUUCGAGUCACGGACCGCUCUGCGCCGUUUUCCCGCAUCGUGAUCGUUCAAGGGGCGCCGGAUAAUGAGAUAAUCCAUUUGAUGAACACCGUCUGCGCACCUGUUAGUGCGUCGAACCCGCUCCCCAAUCACCAGGGAUACCUGCUGCACAAGGCAGCUGAGGUGUUCGCUGCGUGUGGCUUCGGGAAUAUUACCUUCCAUCGAGUCGAUGCGUACUGCGAGUUUAAAGAGCAGGAGUUGUCGGAGCGAUGCGAGAAGGCGGCAGAGGUGAUUGCUGGAUUGUGGUGUCUUGAGGAUGGGAACUUUGAUGGAAUGAAGCAGGCCCUGAUUCCUCGACUUAGGUUCCAUUUUCUGGAUCGUCCGCAUGCUAUUGGAGAUCAAGUAGCGGUUUUGGUGGCUAGACCGAGCGAGGGAAAAUAA